GGCGCCGUCCCCUCCAGUGAAAUCCCUCUUGUGCCCACCUUUGUGGAGCACCUGGUUGUCACCCACCCCCCUUCUGUGUGCCCAUGGUCGUGCUCCCCCCCCCCCCCCCCUCUCUGUAGUGCCUGUGCUCCCCUCCACAAGAGCUGCCUGUGAGUAUACCCUCCUCCUUACAAUGAGGCGUCAGGGGCAUCUUGAAUGAGUGUGCAAGUCUUCAUUGAUGAGAAUCUCCGAAAUGACAUAACAGCUGAGUCGUGUGACUUCCUGUUUACUCCACAGCCCACCGGCAGACCCUCAAUACUACGUCCGUCUCAGAAAGACAAUCUGCCACCCAAAAGUGUUGUGAAGAGCACCAAGGUAAGUUUCCAGACACCAAUGAGGGAUCCUCAGACUCGCAAGAUUGUAACUCCUAGCGUAGCUGGCAAACCAGAGAGCGCUUUUACCCUGGAUGACUGUGCACAGGCGCUGGAGCAGCUUCACCUCUCGAUGUCUGACACUUCUUGUCUAAAUCCGGAAAAGAUUACAGACUGUGUCAUAGGUGAACCCACAGCACUCCCUGAUGAUGAAACUAAAGUGCAGAGCGUGGGCGCAUAUACGUUAGACUUUGACAAAAUGAACGAGAUCAAUCCAUUUAAAAGCACUACUAAAAUGCAGAAUUCUCCUGCAAAACUGGAGUCUCUCCCAACAAACUUCCCCGAGCCACUGGCCGACUUGGAGGAGAAGGUACCUGUAUGUGAGGAUGUGGCUCUGCUGAAGGAUAACCCAUCCACUGUAGACUCUCCAGUUACCGUACAGUUUUACACAGGAAGUGAUACUUCCAAUAUUUCUAAUAAAUCUGCUUUAGAUGACACCAUUCCUUUGGCCGUGGAAUCCAGUGCUGUCCUAGAGAGUGCAUCAAAUCUGCCAGCAAAUCUAGAAGAGAAGCUUGUUCCAGCUGAAAAGGAGGUCUGUGCCGUAGAUGGCAAAGCCACAGAUGUGAUCGUGGAUUCCACCAAUGGCGAGGAUGAAGUCUUACACUCCCAAGUUCCGCUUUCUCCUCCAAUUCAAAUAGGAUCUUACAAAUUUGAUCCUGAUCAAUUUGACAUGAUUGAUCCAUUUAAUACUGGAGGUGCGAAGAUUCAGAACUCCCCAAAAAAUCUUGGUGCAGAAGUUGCCGAGGUGGUUAGACCUGAACCAGAGACUCUUGAAUUUGAACCAGGCCAGAUUGAUACGAUUGAUCCAUUUACUACUGGUGGGUCAAAGCUGCAAAACUCUCCAAUAAAACCAGUUUCAGAAGUCGAAAAUGUGGUUAAAGCUGAACCAGUAAAAUUUGGCUCAGAUUCUGGCCAAAGUGAUACCAUAAAUCCAUUUACUACUGGUGGGUCAAAGCUGCAAAACUCUCCAGUAAAACUGAUUUCAGAAGAGGAAAAUGUGGCUAAAGCUGAACCAGUGAAACUGGAAUUUGGUUUUGGUGGCGAUGCUCCCGUGCGAAAGCCGCCACCUAGAAAUCUGGGGAAGAAACUUGGUGUCAAACUAGCACCAAAAAAGAAGCCUGUGGCCCAGGAGCCUGCUGCAGGAAAACCGAAGGAGCAAGAUACACCAAAAGCCCCAGAAGAUGAGAUCAUUGUCCCCAAAGCGUCCUACAACUUUGACUGGGAUAAAUUUGAUGAUCCCAGUUUCAAUCCCUUUGGUAGCGGUGCAUCGAAACUUGGUGGCGCUCCGGUCUCUGAGCCUGUCUGUGAGGUACCAAGUAUGGAGAAAGAGGACAAUCCACUUAAACCAGAUGCCACUUCCACAGACUUGUCAGGGGAAAAGCUGGAUGGUGAAAAAUCGGUUCAGUCAGAGCUUCAUGAAAAGAAAGAACCACAAGCUGAUGCCAUGGAGGAAAAGCCAGCAGAUCGGAGUAAUGUGGAUAUCGCACAGGAGCACAAGGUUGUAGAUGCUACUGUGAUCUUGGCCACGGAGGAAAAGCCAUCUUUAAAUGCCAAUUGCAAAUCCCCUGAAAACUACUUAGAAUUUCCAACGCCUAAAGCAGUGUCCAGUAAUAACUUUGGAGUACCGGAAUUUGAUGACUUCAAACCGGCAGAGGAGUUUGACUUCAAGCCUGCCUCUGACUUUGAAGGGUUUGGCCAGCCGAUAGAAAUAGACUAUCUUGAGAAUUUUGGUACAUCUUUAUUCAAAGAGUCGGCCCUCAGGAAGCAGUCUCUGUAUCUGAAAUUUGAUCCUUUGCUGCGAGAGUCUCCAAAGAAGUCUGCUCCUGCCGGCAGUGUGCUGUUGGAACAUGUGCCGCUGCGGAGCUGUUCAGAUCUCUUUGGAACCUUAACCGAAGUGACUUGCCCUAGACGUCCGUGUCUCGAAAAUGAAGAGAAACCGGAAGGUCUCGACCUCCUGGGAACUUUCACAGUUUCUGACACUGCUCCCUUAAUCCCAGACAUCACAACCAGUGUCCCGGCCGCCGAUCCGUUCCUCCUGCCAUCUGAUGUGGGAGCAAUUGUUGAAGUCCUUAAGUACAGCCAGAAAGAUAUGGAUGCGGCUAUAGAGAAUGUCAGGUUAGAGGUUCAAGAAAAACAAUUUGAGGUUUUGGAAUGGAGGAAAAAGCACGAAAAGCUUUAUUUAGAAUAUGUUGAAAUGGGGAAGAUUGUUGUGGAAUUUGAAAGCACUAUCACACAACUUCUGGAGGAUUCACAAAAACACAAAGAAACGGCCAAACAAGAGAUACAGAAAGUCCUACAGGAGAAGCAGCAGGUGCAGGUGGAACUAAACUCCAUGGAGAACUCCUUCUCCGACCUGUUCAAAAGGUUUGAGAAGCAGAGAGAUGUGCUGGAGGGGUACCGCAAGAAUGAAGAGGCCCUGAAGAUGUGCGUGGAAGAUUAUCUUGCACGGAUUAAAAAGGAGGAACAACGCUAUCAAGCACUGAAAGCUCAUGCGGAAGAGAAGCUCAAUCGAGCAAAUGAAGAAAUUGCCCAAGUAAGGGGCAAAGCCAAGGGAGAAGUGAUGGCGCUACAGGCCUCCCUCCGUAAGGAGCAGAUGAAGACUCAGUCACUAGAACGCUCCCUAGAACAAAAGACAAAAGAAAAUGAUGAACUGACAAAAAUAUGCGAUGACUUGAUCUUAAAGAUGGAGAAAAUUUGAGCUCCCUUCUGUGCACAGCACUUUAUCCAUGUUGUCUCCUCUUCCUUUAUGUUGCCAAGUCUUGUCUGUGUUUUUUAUAUGUUAAGAACUAAUAAAUAGAACCUUUUUAAUUUA